AGGAAGGAGGCAGGAGAAAGAGAUUGAGGAGGGGCCGUUCAUUAAAGGUCACUGAGUCAAAGCUCUUUCCACACACCGCCACUUCUAGCAAUUGGGAUUCUGCAGCCAUUUCUGCUCCUUGGUCUAGCGUCAGUAAGGACAUUUGCAUGCUGGAGCCAGCGUUUGAGUCCUGCCAGCGACCACCGCUUCAACCGUCAUCCUAGGUUCAGCAGCUGUUGCUGCAACUUUGAUACAGUGGCCAAUAUGCACGGGGGAGCGUGCAUGCACUGUCCUGGUGUACAAACGGGCACGCGCUCAUUCCAUGAGUUCAAUGCACGCAGGGCCCAGAGUAAUCUCGGUCUUGCUGAAGAAUGCUUGCGCCAACAAGGGUGCCUUCAUGCACACCCUCAGAGAUUUGGGCUUUUGCGACAUUCUAGUGACCGGCAUACACUCUCAGAAAGUCUUCCAGAAGGUGGUACAAAUAUGAGAAGAAAGUUAAGAAGUUGUGCCAGCAACUUACAUAGUGGGCCCGCUUCAAAGUGCAGUUGCCACCAGGCCGGCACUGGUUUGCGCUUCAGUUCAUUGGCCAGUGAUAUGCAAGUUCCUAGGCGGGCAGUGCUUUUCUCAGACUUGAACGUCGCAAGAAGGAUAGCACCACCUUUACAUCGAAGGGGUAGAAAAAGCCAAGUUUGCUGUUCUCUCCCUAGUGAAGAAACAAGUAGUGAAGAAAUGGUAGACGAGACUGCGCUUGAGGGAACUUUUGAGGAGGUCGCAGUGGCUAUAGAGAAAGUGGGGCGUAACAUGAGGCGCAUCGAAGCAAGCGUCGACGUGUGCGCCCCAGUGUAUGUGGUGUGGGGAGUGCUGACGGAUUACGGCAGCCUCGCUGACAUCAUCCCAGGCCUGGUGGUCAACGAGGUGUUGGAGCGACGGCCCCGGGGGGCAAAGCUGCUGCAGGUUGGUGAGCAGGAUGUUGCCUUUGGCGCCAAGUUCUCUGCACGCAUUGUCAUGGAGGUCGAAGAAGUGCCAGAAGAAACGCUGGCAGAAGGGACGCGAGAAAUCGAGUUCCGGCAACUAGACGGGGACUUCCAAAAGUUCGAGGGCGUCUGGAGAAUGGAGCAGGCUGAAGUAAGGCACGACUCCCGAAGUAGCGGGCAAAGAUUGGAUGGCGAAGUUGAAGGUACGAAGCUGUCCUACGUUGUCGAAGUCAGUCCGCAAAUGUGGAUGCCUGUCCGCCUAAUAGAGGGCAGAAUUGUCAAGGAGAUAGGGAGCAAUUUGAGGUCGAUACAAGAGGAGGCCUUGAAACGAUGUUGCCACCUACCGCCAGGAGUCCUUGCAACAUCAUGAGAGCCCCUUCGGUAUGAAUUUUUAGCAUACGGUCCCCAACGAAUCAAUCGUUUCGAUAAGCGUUCCGUCAUGGCCUGGGACGGCAACCACUGCGACCACCCUGAGCCUGCCGGGUCAAAACGUCACGACGUAGUAACGAGCGCGUUCAAGUCUGCUUUGGGUAUCAGUAUGAGUGUGAGCUUCGAUCCAGCUACAUCAAUUUAGGCUGCCUUUCGACA